GGAAACUUUGUUCUGUUGCAAGUGGGGAUAUUUAUUGCUUUGACUUCAUGUUCAGUAGGAGCAGAGGGAGAAAAACCUGUACCAUAACAGUAUAUUCGAAUAAUUUCACCGUAGCAAGAUGUUCUGCUGGACACAUUGGCUGUUGUAUAAGGUCAAGCCAGAGUGAGUAUCUCUUAUGCAUCCUCCCCCCAAGGCUGAUAUGAUGAAGAUUGACCAAGUUUCUGAAACAAUAAGUCAUCUACCUGAAAACAACAGUAAUCUCUCAGUGAACACCUCUGACUGUGCAAAGGUCAUUGUGCCAGAAGAAAUAUUCUUCACCAUUGCCACUCUAGGAAUACUGGAAAAUGUGCUGGUGCUCAUAGCAGUGGGAAGGAAUAAGAAUCUGCAUUCGCCCAUGUAUAUUUUCAUUUGCAGUUUAGCCGUUUCAGACAUGCUAGGAAGCUUGUACAAGACUCUAGAGAACAUCUUCUUCAUCAUCUUCUGCAAAAUGAGAUACUUAUCAUGUGAAGAACGCUUUGUAAGAACAAUGGAUGACAUUGUGGAUUUCAUGUUUAUUUUGUCUUUACUGGGGUCCAUUUUCAGUCUGUCAGCCAUUGCAGCUGAUAGAUAUAUAACCAUCUUCUAUGCACUGCGGUACCAUAACAUUAUGACAGUGAAGCGUGCUCUAGUGAUCCUAGUAGUCAUUUGGGUAUUCUGCACUGGGAGUGGCAUAGCAAUGGUCAUUUUCUCUCAUGCAACAGCUACUGUUGUGUCCUUCUCUGUCCUCUUUUGCUUCAUGCUCAUUUUUAUCCUCAGCCUUUAUAUCCAUAUGUUCCUCCUUGCACGCUCUCAUGCUAAGAAGAUUGCUUUGCAGCCUACCAGCUCAGUUCACCAGAGAGCUAACAUGAGAGGGGCCAUUACUUUAACUGUAUUACUUGGUGUUUUUCUCUGCUGCUGGGCUCCCUUUGUCCUUCAUAUGCUGCUAAUGCAGUUUUGCCCACAAAACCCUUACUGUAUUUGCUAUGGGUCCAUUUUUCACAUGAAUGGUAUACUGAUCAUGUGCAAUACUGUUAUUGACCCAGUGAUUUAUGCAUUUCGGAGUCCAGAACUGAGAAGUACAUUUAAAAGAUUGUUCUCUUGCCAAAACUCAAGCUGGACUUAGCCACUCAAAGUUUAAAAACAGAAGGUGGAAUUACAGUGAGCUGGAUUGCCAUAGAACGAUUUGUAUUGUAUUGUAUUGCAUUGUAGCAUUUCAAGAAUAAUGUUAUAUUGAUAUCUGAGGGCUGUUUCACCACACAGUGGGAUGCAGAAGUGAGACUUCAGCUUAUGUAUCCUCCCUCAUUAUACCCAUUCAUGUCACCUCACACAGAAACUAGUUGUCAUUACAGGGCAUGUGAGUCAUAGGGUCCCUUCAGUUUCUUGCCAUGUGACUAAUCAGUGUUGCUAUGCCAUGUGUGAAUCAGCCUUGCUGGAGUAGGCUGUUGCCUACAGAA